UGCGAGUCUACACAAUAACGACGGUGUUGAGCAGCACACUGUCCGCUAAGACCCCAAACCCAAACCAAAACUUCUUGUUUAGGAGGAUUCCAGAUAUCAGAAAAGGAAAAGGAGAAGAAUACGCUGAAGAAGAAGAAGAAGAAGAAGAAGCGGAGUAGGAAUAAAGGAGGAGGAGCGUGCAGUUUCCGGCGAUUACAACAAAGUCGGCAGCGACGGUGACAUCGACGGUAGCUCCAGAUAGGUUGAUAAGGUCACGAAUCGGAGAUGCAUAAUUCUUCUGCCGGACCCGCUUCCAAGACCAAAGUUGGAUCCUCCCAUUCCCAACCAUCUGAGACAUCGUUCAAGCGCAAGCGAGGCGUCUUUCAGAAAGAUCUGCAACACAUGAUGUAUGGUUUUGGAGACGACCCCAAUCCACUUCCUGAAACUGUUACACUUCUGGAGGACAUUGUUGUUGAGUAUGUCACAGAGUUGGUUCAUAAAGCCCAAGAUAUUGCAUCUAAGAGGGGGAAGCUUCUGACAGAGGAUUUCCUAUUUCUAAUUCGCAAGGAUUUUCCAAAACUUCACCGUUGUACAGAAUUAUUGUCUAUGAAUGAGGAACUGAAACAAGCAAGGAAGGCUUUUGAAGUAGAUGAAGAGAAGUUGGCAACAGUAGAUUGAAACGGGAGAACAGAUUGGAAUGACAAGGAACAGGAUAUGACUCUUAGAAUGUGGGCUUGAACGUGCGACUGCAUCACUAUAAAUACGUUUACAAAAUCGAUCCAUUCAUUUGACAUUAAAGUAACGUUUUCUUUUUUUUUUUUUGGUAGAAAGUUAUGUGUUCUAAUAGAAUGGGUGAUUCACUUCAAGUCAUCUCUUCAGUGCUAUAAGCCAUAAACGUGACAUUUCGUAGAAGCUCGAGGGCAUUACUUGUAGUUGUAUGAAUCAAUGUUUUCGAACCUCCGUUGACCCGGAUGGUCGGACUCAAGGUUAAAAGUAUUGAUACAUACCAGUUUA